AUGUCAACUUCACAAGGAGAAGGGUCAGCUGCUGCUGUUGCUGCCACUACUGCCGACCAGCACGAUGUUUCCAGUAUACAUUCUAAUGGUUCUCAUUUGAGUACACCAUCUAAUAUAAAGGGAUCUUCCGAGGAUUAUGAUAAUUUUGAUAACGAAAACAAGGAAGGAGGGGAAAAUGAUGCUCCACAACCAGUUGAAAUGCCAAAAAAAUCUGGUGGUGCCUAUGUAGGUGUCUCAUUGUUGUGUGCGAUGAUCGCCUUUGGUGGUUAUGUUUUCGGUUGGGAUACUGGUACUAUUUCUGGUUUUGUUGCCCAAACGGAUUUUUUGAGAAGAUUUGGUUCAUAUAAUCAUAAUACUGGUAAAUACUAUUUGAGUAAUGCCAGAAUGGGUUUAGUUGUCGCUAUUUUCAAUAUUGGUUGUGCCAUCGGUGGUUUGACUUUGGGUAGAUUGGGUGAUAUGUACGGUAGAAAAAUUGGUUUGAUGGCUGUUACUCUUGUUUACGUCAUUGGUAUUCUUAUUCAAAUCUGUUCUUUUAACAAAUGGUAUCAAUAUUUCAUUGGUAGAAUUAUUUCUGGUUUGGGUGUUGGUGGUAUUUCCGUUUUGUCGCCUAUGAUGAUUGGUGAAACUGCUCCAAAACAUUUAAGAGGUACUUUAGUUGCGUGUUACCAAUUGAUGAUUACUUUGGGUAUCUUUUUAGGUUAUUGUACUAAUUUUGGUACUAAGAACUACAGUAACGAAGUGCAAUGGAGGGUUCCAUUAGGUUUGUCAUUUGCCUGGGCUUUGUUUAUGGUGGGUGGUAUGACUUUUGUUCCAGAGUCAUCUCGUUAUUUAUGUGAAAAAGAUAAAGUUGAACAAGCUAGACAUUCCAUUGCCACUGUCAACAAGCUUUCGAUUGAUGAUCCAUCUGUUCAAGCUGAAUUGGAUAUUAUUAUGGCUGGUGUUGAAGCAGAAAGAUUAGCUGGUAGCGCCACUAUCGGUGAGUUGUUUUCCACCAAGACUAAGGUGUUCCAAAGAUUAAUUAUGGGUAUUAUGUUACAAAGUUUGCAACAAUUGACAGGUGAUAACUAUUUCUUCUACUACGGUACUGUUGUUUUCUCAUCCGUUGGUUUGCCUGAUACUUUUGAGACUGCUAUUGUUAUUGGUAUUGUUAACUUUUUCAGUACAUUUGUUGGUAUUUGGGUUGUCGGUCAAUUUGGUCGUCGUACUUGUUUGCUAUGGGGUGCUGCCACUAUGACAGCUUGUAUGGUUGUUUUCGCAUCUGUUGGUGUUACAAGAUUAUAUCCUCAUGGUAAGAGUCAACCUUCUAGUAAAGGUGCCGGUAACUGUAUGAUUGUUUUCACAUGUUUCUAUCUUUUCUGUUUUGCUACCACCUGGGCCCCAUUAGCAUAUGUUGUUAUCAGUGAAUCUUAUCCAUUGAGAGUUAAAUCCAAGUGUAUGGCUCUUGCUACUGCUGCCAAUUGGAUCUGGGGUUUCUUAAUUUCAUUUUUCACACCAUUUAUCACUUCUGCCAUUGGUUUCUGUUACGGUUAUGUUUUCAUGGGAUGUUUAGUUUUCAUGUUCUUCUACGUGUUCUUCUUUGUUCCAGAAACUAAAGGUUUGAGUUUAGAAGAAGUCAACGAUAUGUGGUUAGAAGGUGUUUUACCAUGGAAAUCUGCUUCCUGGGUUCCAGCUAGUAAGAGAGGUGCUGAUUAUGAUGCUGAUGCUUUGCAACAUGAUGAAAAGAAGGGUUUAAAGAGAUUCUUUUAG